AUGCCUGCGCUUCGGAGAAAGGAUCUGCUAUCUCGCAGACGGCGGCGGGCGGAUGAAGGAGAAGACGAUGGAUCAAUCGCCGGAGAUUACGACGACUCCUCAAGUGAAGACUCUGCUGUCAGCGAUGGUGACGACGAAGCGGAAGCCGAGGGCAGUGAGUCUAGUGGUGAUGAGCACGAACCGACCAAGAGCGCCGCCGGGAGGAAAGCAAUCAUCACUGAACAGGAGAACCAACGAUCGGCCGUCAACAUACCUCAGGAAUCUGACGCCACAUCAAAUGGAGCUUUCACGACGAGCGCCGAAACACAAGCUAUGUUGCACGGAUUAGGUCGGCAACAGCACCCGGAAGAGAUGGAACAAGUCGACUUCGACGAUCUACAUGCUGGAGAUGACGCCGCCUCUGAGUCAGCGGCCGCUGCUCCUCGAGCAACACGCAACGAGACACCAGCCCAGCGUAGCUUAAGGGAACACCAAGAAUACAUCCAGCAGCGUAAUACCAACCCUGCGUUUGUACCGAACAGAGGCAAAUUCUUCCUCCAUGAUGAUCGUACUGCAGCGUCAAAUGGGGCCCUCUCAAGGCCGCUCUUUCGGGGCAGAGGUCGAGGCUAUGCCUCUCCGAUGAAUGCUGGCAGGGGUUUUGGUAUCAACGAACCGACAGACAGGCCGUGGGCUCAUGAUUUGCACGAGGGCCACGAGCUGGGUCCGAGCCCGGUGCCAUCACAAACCCAACCAGUUCCUGGUGAACGGACAACCCGAGCUCGAAACUCGCCCGCCGCAGCACUACCGAACAGGUCCUUUUCGUUCACCACUGUAUUGGGCAACGUCAGCGUUCAGAUAUCGUUCCCAGGGAUGGAAAAGAAGAAGAUUGUCUCGAAUGUUGUCAAAAAGCAUCACACGCUGCUUCCACAACACCGUCCACCCCUACGACGGGACAAGCCUGUACGAAUUUCGAUCCCAGAUCAACAGGCCAAGUAUGUUUUUCCUAGCACCGAAAGAUCAUUCAUCUUCAUCCCUCGUGCGAUGCGACCAAACCAACAGAACUACCAUCGGGGCCGUGGUAGAGGAAGCUUCCAUGGUAGUCGAAGACCCAGCGUAUAUGGCAGCGUUUAUACUCCAAGCAUUGCAAUGAGCCGGAAGUCUUCAAUUGGCGGCUCGACCAUGAGGGAUGGAAUCAGAUCUCCUGCAGAUUCCGUCAUAUCCCGCAUGGGCGCUUCUGGAAUGGAAUUUGCUCGGCCCAUCGUACGAAUGCCUUCUGGCGUUCCAACUCCGUCAGUCUCGAGGACAGGAAUGCCGAUUGUCAAUGGACCUAUGGGACUUAAUACCGUGCCGCCAAAUAUCCCACCUCCGCCUUUCUAUGGUAGCCACAGUACUGCCAUACCUAUGCAUCAACCUAGACCCCAAAAAACCGUCUCUGUUGCUGAUAUCGAAUCGCCUGCGGCGUAUUCGGUCAAAGCACCUCAACAACAACAAGACCUCCCAUUCCAUCAGCAAGUGCCAGCUCACAUGGCUGCUUCUCAAGCAGACGAGAGAGUUCCCCCGGCCCCACAAACUUUACCAGGAAUGGCUGGCACGACACCUCUUUCCCAGAUACCAGAGGGUGCAGUGUUUGCGCAGGGCUUCCAACCGUAUCCCGUCAUGGGAGGACCGGGGUAUUUCACCACACCCUAUGCCAAUGGACUUCUCUACUAUCCAGGGAUGGGCGGUAAUGGUUCUUUCAGCGUUCCCAUCACAGGCCCGGCCAUGGCCCCUAGCUUCAUACCAGGCUCCCAAGCACAUCCCGUCAAUUACGUGCACGCUCCAGGCCCAGCCGAAGGUGGCACAGGUAAUAAUUUGAUGGCUCAUGAGUCCAAUGGCAUGGUGUACUACUACAAUCCGCCGGCGUAUCCCACUGACAGUCAAGGCGGCUUUCAGCAAUAUCCCAGUGUCGCUGGAAACGUGAUGCCAAUGGCCAAUGGGUUGCCAUCUCAACCUCUUUAUUAUCCUGGGGUAUCCAAUGGUAUGUUCUAUCCGGCGCAGACGGGUUGA